AUGAAGGUGCUCGUAGUUGCCCUGCUGGGAUUAGCGGUGUUGGCUGAUAUUGCGUAUGCAGAAAAUUUGGUGGAAACAACCUCCGAAAAAUCCGAAGUCGAAGAAACACCCUGUUCAGUGGAGGAGACAUGUGACGGACAGUAUGAAGAGUACAAAUGUUGCGGAAAGUGCUACCAAAUAUCGUGCUUUACCAAACAAAUCGAUUGCGAACAGAAGUGCACCAAAGGAUGUUACUGCAUAGAGGGAUUCGUUCGUGAGUACGAAGGAGGCAAAUGUAUGCCGGAACGGCUCUGCCAAGUUUACCUACGCCGGGGUUUCAACAGCGGUUAA